AUGCACGCGGAGCGAUUGCUUGGCGAGCCGAAGCGACAGGCGCGCUUCUCCCUGUUUCCAACGCCAGCACCGCCCCUCUCUUUCGACGUGCUGGAGUGGGUCCCCGGCAACAGCGAGUUGCUCGCGUGUCUUCCUGUCGGGCGUGCAGCGUCGGAGUACCCCACCGACAGCCGCGCGUCCGUGGCUUCUAGUGGGGGGCGAGUACACCCGCGCGACUGCACCGCCUUCGAGUCUUCCUGCGGCUCCUGGAGGUGCUUUCGGACACUCUCCCGCUGCGGCGACGCUCUUGUGCUGGAAGAUGCGCAGUUUGUCGACGUUGGCGCCGCUCGCCGGCACGAGUUCACGUGGCAACAAGGCCCAGGCCGCCUGCCAUCAGACAGCGUGAGGUCCAGCUACAUCGGUGCGAGCACCAGCGGCUGGCAGACGCUCGCCUCAGUCUCGGAGAAUGCCAUGGACAUGGGUGCUGACAUCGUUUCCCGAGAUACCCUUCUCGCCAAGCGACGCUGUGAGCGACCGGCGCAUCCUGCGCAAUGCCACAAGCGAGGGAUCCCGAUGCAGGAUAUCCAUUCCGUGCGUCGCCACUGCUUCCAGAAGCCCGUAACGCUUGUGUUCGACGCGAGUGGUCACUCAAUCAGCGGACGGGACAGCGUCGACACAACGGCUCGCGGCGAUCGUGCGAAGUGGGUUCUUCCUCAGAGCCGCCAUCAUUGCAGUGGCGGCUCGGAGAUGGGACUGAAUCUGAAGUGGCACUACGAGCUGUGGGGCCCCGUGGGCGUCAUCUUCACUCUGCGAGGCGGCCGCCGCAUUUUCUUGGCAUUCGCGUCGAUGCAACACGCGGAGCAGAUAGAGGAGCUGCUGACCAGCUUUGCCACUGGUGCGGAACUUGGUCGCCAGCAGCAGAGUUAUCACUCACCUCACCGGGGCAGCACUGGCGCAUCCGCGUCUUUUUCGCAAGUUCCCGCAUCGUCUGUCGGUGAUGAUAUCCCUUUCUCUGCUUAUGCAAGUAUGCCGCGCACAGCCGCGCCCUCCUCCGGUGCACUGCAGCGCUACGCUUCGUCGUCUUGCGUCUCAGUGCACAUCGCGUCAUGCGAGGCCUCCUUGCGAGGGUCGCCAGCAACGCCAUGCUCGCCGCGAGCCGACUCUGUGUUCUCGUCGGCGUGCGCUUUUAGGGCCCACUGGCUCGUCCCUUCGACAUCUGCGGGGACGCAGACAGGAGAGCGGCAGCAGAAGACGGAAUCUUUCAAGGAUGAAAGCUCGCCGUUGGCGCUCACUGAUAUCGUGACCGCGUCGCAGGAAGUGGGAGGGGCACUAGCUGCGAGCGUACGUCGUGGCUCGAGCAAGGUUCCUGGUAGCGGGUAUUUGUACUGCCGCCCGUGGGGAGAGGCGUCGCGGUACCUGAGGUACUACAUUAGGAUAUGCACGACGGCAGGGAGGGGCCACGUUGUUCAUCUCUCGCGGCACCGGCUACGCCUGUGGCAACGGCUCCGGCAAGUCUUUGGAGAUGAAAAGCGCUCCGUUUCGCUAGAUCUGCGUCGCACCUCUGUCUGCCCAAGUGCCGCACACGAGAAUCUGUUGCGGGUGACGUACCAGACCGAGAGUUUUGCGCAGUACAAGAGCAUGCGACGACUCGGCGGUGGAGUGGCGUUUGUGGGCCCGGUGGGCGACUUCGCUGCCUCGCGCACUGCGCGUCGACGGGAGCUGGAGCUGUGCGCUGACCACCCAGUCGUCUUCGAAGCGCUGGCCAAGUCACCCGAUGAGAGGACAUCGUGGCUGGCGUGGUUUCGCAGCCGUGGCGCUACGGUGCAAGCACCUGUCGACGCUUCCCAGCUGGGGGAUAAUGCGGGUGUCCUGCUAACGCGGGAGGAGCCAGCGGCCUUUCAGCAACUCGGCGGCGAGCCGCUCCUCGCCACCUCACCUGCGGGCGGACGUGGACAAGAGAUGUUGUUCUCCUGUACGGCGGAUCAGUGUAUGUCGAUGUGGGUGACACCCACCUUCUCCGCGGAAUCGUCGACUUCUCUGGAGCCACUGGCCAGUGGUGACUCGCCGCACCUGCCGCUACAGGAGCAGUCAGAGGGGAGACGAGGCGGCUUGCGGACGUCUGCGGAGACGGCAGCGGCGCCACGGUGGAGCUCCCCUUGCCGCACGUAUCCGAGCAAACCGUCUCCCUCUUUACCCAAACCCCCUCCCACAGCUGACAAGCACUCCAGCACGCAAACUCGCCCGCAACCACCUUCCGCUGCGGCCUCUGACACGGGUGACACGCAGGAGGAGGAAGAGGAGCUGACGAUUGUCGUCGAGGACGAUGAGUUUGACAGGACCGCACCGUGCCCUGAGGCGGCUGAGCUGCACUCACCGGGCUACAUCAUGCAGAGCGAUCCGUCAACGCUGGAUCACACAGCAACUCCUCCCCGUCGCACCUCUGCCUCGCCUCUGCUGGAUGAAGGUGCGCGGUGGCUACGGAGCAGCAUUGGCAGGGCCGCCGAGGCGCCUAAUAUCGUAGCCGCGGCGGACGAGAGCUCGAAGGCUGACCAUAGGCUCACUAAUAGCAGGUCGACUACGGCAGGGCCGAUUGUGGCCCCUAUGUACUUGGAAGACACUACGUCCUCCGAAGUUUCGUCUCACAAAGGGUUGAGUGGGUUUCCGCCUCAGCUGCCCGAAAAAUCCAAGACAAGCAAGAUUCAGCGAGGCGCCGGCGAAACACCGCUGGACCAUGCGACGACUGCACAAGGGGCGGCCCGUACUCCACUUUUCACCAUGGAGGUGGACAACGCAGGGCUUCAGACACCUGUGGCGACGGCCGAUGGCAGUGCGACGCCAGCGCCUCUCAAAACCCCACCUACCGUUGUAGCGUCGGCGUCUGUGCCUGCUAAGGAACGUCCAGGCAGGUCUAGCUCUUCCAAGGGUGUUAGCACGCUCCCUCGCACUUCCGAGCCUGAGACAGCCGUUUUCACGACUGCGACGCUGGAGUCCUUGGUCGGUGGGUUGUCGCAGCGGAUGUGGCGGACGCCAAACAGAAGCCUUUCACCAGACGCCCCGCCCGACGCGGCACCGCCAGCGGCGCUACGUAACGGCGCCGAGAAGCCGGCACCCACGAGCACGACGUCGUGCUCCGCGCUUCAAGCAUCGCCUUCGAGCUCGCCAGGGAUGGUGGGUCAUCAGCUGCACCAGAAGGAUGCAAGGAACGCACUUGUUGAGGAGAACCGCACGUUACAUGGUACCUCGGCAUCGUGCUCCUCGGCACCGUCGUCACGGGAGAGCCGUGGCAAGGACGACGGAGACACAGAUGACGCACGGGUCUCUCACGCGUUGUCUUCAUCAUUUUCUGCUCGCGACCGCGACUCUCUGCCAUUAUGGAGCUCAGCAGUGGACCCGCGGCUGUCGCAGUUCCUGGAACCCUCUGCAAAGGAGACAAGCUCUGACCAGGUGGGUGGUCUCUACCGGGGCGAUGGUAUGCCGAUCAGGGUGCCGUUAACACCGUUUGAUCUUCAUCUGGUUCCAUUGAGAGCGUACUCUGGCAAUCAGGCUACCGCUCUCCGCGUGCCGGGGGGAGGCGUCUGCGGCUCAGUCGGGUGCCAGCAAUAG